AUGGGCGAGCAGGUGGAGAGACAAGCAGACGGAGGAGCAGCGGAGGAGCAUCACACUCAGCUGCCGGAGCCGGAGGAGCAAACACAGAUCGUCGACUGUUCGUCUGCAGCGGGAGAGUGCGGUGUCAAAAGCUGUGCUAAGAUCCAGCAGUACCAAAAUGGAACACUCACCCACAUCAGAAGACAUUGGUAUGUCAUUGGAGACUCUGAGAAGAACAGACUGGAAGGAGUGCCUCUGACGAAAAACCUGACAGAGAUUUAUCUCAAACGUUGUACAAAAUCUGGAAUUGCUUUGCUGUACAAUGAGGAGACCAACAAUACCUAUGAUGUCUGCCUGAAACUGACCAAAGAGGUAUUAACCAUACAGAAGCUGGAUGUGGUUUGCACAAGUGGACGUGAAUCCCAAUUAAACCACAGAACUGUUGUACUGCGAAGACAAGCGACCGGCGGUCUGGGUUUAAGCAUCAAAGGAGGUGCAGAGCACAACGUUCCCGUGGUCAUUUCAAAGAUUUUCAAAGAUCAAGUUGCCGAUCAGUCGGGGAAGCUGUUCGUCGGGGAUGCUGUGUUACAGGUCAAUGGCAUAAAUGUAGAACACUGCACCCAUGAGGAAGUUGUUCACCUCCUGCGUACUGCAGGAGAUGAGGUCACCAUCACUGUUCGCUAUCUGCGAGAAGUGCCAUCAUUUCUAAAGCUGCCUCUCGGUUCUCCUGGGCCGUCCACGGAUCACAGCAGAGUAUCUUCUCCCCUCUUUGACAGCGGUUUACAUUUAAAUGGAAACGGAAACAACACAGCUCCAUCACCUCCUUCGCCCUCUGCUAAUGAACCAAAGUAUGAGAAGCGCUGGUUGGACGCCGUCUCCCUGCCCUUGUUGAUGGCCAGAGUCUCCAGAUACAAAGCUGGCACAGACAAAUUAAGGUCCAACUGUUUUGAAGUAUUCGCCUUGGAUGGAGCCAGCACCAAUAUUCUUCAAUUUUGCACUGCAGCAGAAAGUACCGACUGGCUCCAAGCAAUAUCCUCAAAUAUCAAUGACUUGACACAAGAAAAUAUAAAGAUCAUCAGUAAAUACUGUGCUUCAGAUGAUCAGGUUGUUCACAUGGGCUGGGCGUGUGAAAGCCCAGAGGGCAGCACUGCUGGUCCAACUGCAGCAUUCAAGUUCCUGGCUCUGAGAGGACCUUAUUUUUAUAUCUUCACAAGUCCCCCGAUCAGUGCCGCUGACUGGGGACAAGCUGAAACAACGUAUAACCUCUAUGAGGUUCUUUUCAAGGUUCACAAGCUGUGGAUGGCGGAGGACUGCUGGCUCCAGGCGAGGCUCUACUUGGGGCUGGAGCAUUCACCUGAGCAGCAGGAAAACGAGUGUCUGAGCUUCAGCAUUCUGGUCGGCCACGGCCAGAGCCACACCUUCAGGGUCGAGCUGGCCACCGACCUGGCUAUCUGGGAGAAGUCCUUCCAAAGAGCUGUCUUCUUGGAAGUGCAGCGAAUACAGUCCACAAGCUACACGUGCAGCAGCCAGGGAAAUGUGCUGUGCUUCACCAUAGACUUUGGAUCGGGCUUCACCUGCUCAGAAGGCUCUUCAAAGAGCGUGCUGUGGCGAUAUAAGUUCUCUCAACUGAAAGGCUCCUCUGAUGAUGGGAAAACCAGGGUAAAACUCCUUUUCAAGAAUGCUGAGAGCAAGCAGAUAGAAAUGAAGGAACUGGAGUUUGCUAAUCUGACCGGCGUUCUUCACUGCAUACAUUCUUUUAUCGCUGCCAAAGUUGCCUCCAUGGACCCUCUCUUUAUGUGCAGUCAAAGCUUCCCCGGAAAUUACAUGAACAGUUAA